GACUGCCGAGGCCCAAGGGUCCGCCGUGAAAUGGUGGAACGCCAUACCCGCGGAGGUCAUCCUUCUUACCAAGGAGAAAUGUGGCGGGCCACCGUAUUUCCGGAAAAUGAAAAUUCUGAUCAGAGUAUAUCAGAGGAUGAUGAUUUGGAUGGAGACUUGUCAGAAGAUCACGUCUCGUUGGGCAUUCCAGCUGAAGAAAAGGGUAAAGUACAAAUUCUUUCUCAACUUGAUAUGCUUAGAGAUGCUAAUGAAGUCAUGCAUGAACGACAUGAAACAAGUUUACUUCAAAAGAGGCAAGCAGAUAUCUGUGUGGAAGAUGAUGUUGAAUUUCCAUAUUUUGCCACCAAAAGCAAAUUCACCUACAAUCCACAGGGAUGCAACUCAGAUGAAGAAAUUGUCUCUGAUAAUGAGGUGGGAGGAAAUUGGUUACAAUUGAGUAAAUACUUCACUUCAGAGGCUGAUAAGUAUCAGAAAAUGGAACCUCCUUCUAGUUUUGGAGGAAACAGGGCAGAUGGAAUUUGCACUUGGCUUGCUGCAAAUACAGAAGCAGCAGAUGCUGAUUGUGGUUCCUUUCAGUUUCAUCCUGUAUCUGCCAGAUCAAAAAGGUCAUGUAAAGGUGGCCAAGACAAAGCCAAAGCCAAAGGCAAGUGCAAGUUUUCUUUUAGGACACAGUUGCAUAAGGACCACCUCUUUGAAGAUGAAGAUGGAACUACAACUACUGUGAAGUGCAAUAAAACAAAGUCCACCUCCGAACAGCUUGCUGACAAAAAGAGAAGCAUAUUAUCAGUUAGUGAUAAUAGAUACACAGACAUAGACAUAGAGGAUGAUCCCAAUUGUUUGGUCAGUGAUUCGGAGUCAUCAGAAGAAGACAAGGCACCACCACCACCACAUGAGCCUAAACAGAAAACCAUAGCUGAUCAAUUUCAUGAAGCUUUAGGUGCUGCUUCUACAAACGAAGAUGGGGGGCAUAUGUAUGCAGUUUCUAGACAUACUCAUACAGGGUUUGGUUUAUUUGGGAAGUUGCAGCAUGUAAUGCGUAUGGAGAAGGAAAGAGAUUUAUAUUUUUUGAGCAAAUUGCAAAAACAAGAUGAAGAGGGUUCUUUUGAGGUGAAGAUACUGUCCAGAUCUUGGGAAGGAAAGCUGACUGUCUGUUCAUGUUCAUGUUCAUCUUCAUGUUCACGUUCUUCCAUUGAAAAUGAGGAGCAAAGGAAGAAUUUGAGCAUCAUAUUUAGCUCAAGAAUAUGUGGCGAUGUGGAUCUUGAUGUUGGGAUGAUGGUUCGUAUUCACCCUCCAUGGAAACAAGUAAAUGUAAAGGGGAAGCAACACAACACCAUUUUAUCUACAUAUUACUCCCAGAUUUGAGCAACUAGUCUUGGGGUUUCUUUCUUCUUCUUGUUGUAUUAUUUCUAACCUUGUUAAGAUUAAAUGCAACACUUACCAUAUGUGAUGCCCAGAGCAUGGUGCUUACUUGGGGCAUACCAGUUGUGCAUACUGCAUACCUGAAACAUAUGUUGUACUUUCUGUAGCAUCAAAUUUGUUCAUAGUGCAUCCAAAUUCUUAAAUUUAGCCGAAUGCAAAAAGCUCCGUGGUUUGUAUGGUUUGACCAACUUAAAUGCUUAAAUUUAGCCUAAUG